AUGUCUCCCAAGCCUGACGAAGAGGAACCCAUUGAUGUCAAGACAUCUGGCAGUAAGCCAGAAGAGGCGGCGGCGGCGGUAGUCGACGCCACACCGAAGCAGGCCACUAAGAAACGGACCAAAACCGGCUGUCUCACAUGCCGCAAGAGACGAAUAAAAUGCGGAGAAGAAAAGCCAGUGUGCAAGAACUGCAUCAAGUCGAAGCGCGAGUGUGCGGGAUAUUCUCAGCCCGUUGUAUACAAGGAGCACAAUCAAGGACAGACUGUCGCAGUCCAUGAGACUCGCGAUCGGCUAUCAUUUCAAGAUCAAGAUGUGACAGUUGCACUCGGCCAACGUUGGCAGCCAGGACAAGAUUACCUGGGACUGCAUCAUGAUUUCGGUCAAACGGACCCGUCGCCCUACAAUCAAUUACCUUUUAGCGCCAGCUACCAUGCCAUGCCGUUUGCUCCAGCCACCCUCUCGAGUCACACAGACGUUCCACUUACAGACACUGAGUAUGGGUGGCAGAGUACUCAACAUCUAUCGAACCAGUCGUACUAUGGUUUGGCCGAAACAUCGGGAGGGGACGUGCCAGGAUUCAUCUCAUCAGACAAUCAAGCUGGUAGUUCCGCCGCCUUCUUCCCUCUCGAUCCUCGGUUGAUGGAUCAGUCGGCAACCUUCACCUUGCACCCUCCUUUGGCGCAGAUUCAGACGCCACAGUCAGCAUUCCCUGCCCACAACCACAUUCUCGCAUCACAGCAGCCAGCCCUUGUACAGUUUCAUCAGCGAUCUGCUCCGCUGUCAUAUCAGUACGGCGUAUCACCUCUACCUAUAGAGGAAAAUGUGGCUAGGCAAUACAGUGCGCAUGGUAGAAUGCAUCAGCCGGCGUUUAUAAGUUCCUCAUCCCGUGGUCUUUCUACGAUGCACCGUCCUACAGAUCAACCGGAUGUCGAUGAUUAUGAGGAUCCAGACGAUCCAUUUGAUGUUGAAAUGGAAGAUUCAAACUUGCCAUAUCAAGAAGCUGCAAAUAAUCUUACAGAAAUACUGAGUCGUGGCGGGCAGCUCGAUCCGCAGGCUGCGAAAUUGUACAUUCCAAGAAGGACGGAGUAUCGGACUGUCGCGACGUUUCGGCCGGCAGCAACACAAUCACCGCUCCGAGAUGAGAGGAACGAGCAUAUAUUCUGCCAUUUCGUCGAAAUCACGAGCAACACGAUAUCCAUCUUCGAACGGCAUCAUUUCAGUCCUAUCGCGGCACCUGCUAGAACUCUCUGGAAUUUCACAAUACCCGCUCUGGCCUUGUCGCAUGCGGCACUCGCUCAUGCAAUCUUGGCACUGGGGGCUCUCCAUCUUGCGAAAUUGAACGACUCUUCAGAAAAUCUUGCCAUCAAGCAUUUUACCUGCGCCGUUCGAAGAGUUGGGAAGCUUCUGGGCCUUCCAAAACGGCGGCAUGAAAUAGCGACGUUGGCGACAGUUCUGGUUCUCGGAUACUAUGAAGUUGUUUCUGGUGACCAUUCACGGUGGAAUCUGCACUUGUCGGGGGCCAUGAGGCUCUUACAGGAGCAUGACUAUGCUGGACUGACUCGAACUGCGAGACGCAUGCGAAAUGGCGCAAAGGCAAGAGUUAAUCAAUGGACAGCUCGGUUUGCGUUAACCGAGGAGAACUAUGCUCGCGUAGCAGGCAUUCCUCUUGCUCUACUCGACGACAUCGACUGGGAAGUCGACCAGGCGCUCAUCUCUCGGCUGACAGGCCUCCGUGUGGACUAUGAUCAUCAAUUCCAACCAAGUUUCAGCUUGCGUUCCGCGAUGCCGGAACUCAGCGAGAAAGACGUUGAAGAUUUCAAGGCGAAGAUGGAUUUGAGGUGGUGGUAUUGUAAGCAAGAUGUUUUCCAGAGCAUGGUCUCUGGCGAUCGACCACUUAUGCCUUUUGAGGACUGGAUCUACUGUCCACCCAGAGGUCAAAUUGGUCGGUGGGAUAACCCAUACGCCACCUUGGAUCAUCUGCUACUGGUCAUGGCUCGCCUUGCAAAUUUUGGAGGCAAAGACCGUGGGCGCAAGCAACGAGCGGUGGCUGCUCGAGGAGGGCAAUGGAAGCCACCUAAGUGGCUCUUUGGACCUCAAGGUCAGCCCGGCCCGCCAAGGAGGAAGGAGAGCUCUGCUCAGGCAGGAGCAAGACCUUCAGCAGCCCCCAGUGCCAACGAGGGCAGAGUCAGGCAGAGUAAACCUGGCUUACCAAGUGGUCCAGGCCCAGGACCGGGUGCUGGUCCCCCGAUGCUCGGGAUGCUACCGCCUGCGUCCGAGCCUCUGCAGCUGGAUUCAGCUUUUCGAUCUAUGGACGCCAAUAUUAAAGAUGCCGCAUUUGCAACCAAACGAGAGCGAAAGGAGUCAACACCCCCAAGCAGUCUCGAGGACGACACUGCAAAAGCACUUGCAGAGUAUGUUGAGAUAAGCAAAGCCUUCGAUGUCUUCGCAGAAGCCCUGGGCCCAGAUUUCGAGCCUGUGAAGCACAACGGACCCCCGGUCGCUACACCCUUUGGGCCGGCCCUUAUAUACAAGAACGGUGCAGUCGCGUGUGUAUGGUUGUGCUACUACGUUGGACGCAUCUCAUUGCAACGGCUCCAUCCUGAGAUGCCGCCGGCUGCAGUGGUUGCUGCUGGUGUCACAGCACAUCUCACUCAAGAGCAUACGCAGAUGGUUGGUAAGAUCUGUGCAGGGCUAUACUCAAGGCAGCAGUAUGGUCAGAGCGGAGCCCUUGAUCCAAGUUUUGCAGGCUAUCUCAUGGAGAGUACAUUUUUCCUCCUGUUUGCAGGAAUUCAGUACACAGACGCCGCACAGCGAGGGUGGACAAUAAGCAAGCUCAAAGACGUCGAACGCAGAUGUGGAUGGCGUACUUCGGGCGCCAUUGCUGCCGCUUGUGAAACUGCGUGGGAACGAAUGGGUCAAGCAGGACGAGGUCCUCCGUACGAGCGAACUCUGGCUGCCCGCAGUGAGGACAUCCGUGUGAGCAGGGCGCCGACAAAGUCAUCACCGUCAAGUGGAGAACCAUCGGAUGCUGCCGCAGAACAACACGAGUCUGAAUUUGUGAGCCACGAUCGGAGCCUCAUUGAUCGGUCUAGCUCUUCGCGGGUGCACUGGGCGCUCGGCUUGCUCUCGGUUGAAGAAGAUAUCCAGAGGAUGGCCUUAGAGGACGGGUAG